AUGCAGUCGUGUUCUGGGGGCAUCAGACAUGAAGGGCAGCAGAGACAGAAGGGGGAGUUCAGCCUGUCCUCUAGACUGGAGGAGCAGGCCCAGGGACAUAUAAACACACAGGAAUGUCCUGGGAAAGGUGUCGGAGGAAAAGCCAGGCCUCUGACUCAGCUUCCGCUUGUCAUCCCCAGAACCACCUCUUCCAUCUACAUCUCCUGGCCAGUAGGAUACCCUGUGGUCUUUGACCAGUCUCUGCACAUUGCAGGGCUCAUGUUUCAGGAGGCUCAUAUAGAGGACACCGCGUCCACAUCACAUCUGGGGCAUCUAGCAAACGUUGCUCUUGCCUGGCUGGAGCAACUCGGGCCCAUUGGCGCAGAUCCAGAGGGUGAGAUGGCCACAGUUGACCAGCUUCACAAAGAAGGACAAGCACUCCCAGUGCUGGCCAUAGAACCAGUGGCAGCAGAUCUGGGAGAACAGAGGCCUGCCCUGGAGCCAGGGGCACCUGCAUCCCUGGAUCUCCCACUGUAUAUGGAGCCAACACCAGGGCCAGGGUCAAGGGCAGCACCAGCACCUAGGACAGAGCCACCGCCAGUGACAAUAGGAAAGGCACAACCAGAGGCAAUUCCAGGCCUCUGCCUUCCAUGGACUGUGCCUGAGAAAAAGCUGCGCAGGGCGGGGCCAUCUCCCAUCAUGGCCUAUACAGACAAACAUCUGGAUGAACAGCUGACACUCAUGGAUGCGGGUGGUGUGCUUUGUAAUAAUGACAUGCUUGGGGACCCGCAACAUGAAGGCCCAGGACAGGGCCAGGGUGCUGGGGCUCUGGAUCCAGGUGGCCAGGGUAAAGAAUGGGAGGCCCUAGGACACUCGUUUUCUCCUCUGUCAGAUGUCAAAUUUGCUGAACAGAGUCCAAGCCCCUGA